AGCUCAAUAAUCAACAGGAACGUGGGGUCAAGGCAACUUCAAAAUAAAGAGCGCAUUUGAACUGCACCCUUUGCGAAUGAUUCAGCUCGACUGAGAUAUUAAUACUGGCCGAUUCGGCUUUCUGUCUCUCUCAAUCAUCCCUCCUCCUCCUUCACCCUCGCAAUGGCGUCAGCUGUCUUCUUCCUCGACCUGAAGGGCAAGACCCUUCUCGCUCGGAACUACAGAGGAGACAUACCAAUGUCAGCAGUUGAGAAGUUCCCAAUACUAUUGAGUGAAGCAGAAGAAGAAAGCUCCUCCGUCCCGCCAUGCUUCUCAGACGAAGGCAUCAACUACCUCUAUAUCCGACACAACAACCUCUACCUUCUUGCCCUUACGAAACGUAAUACGAAUGCUGCCGAGAUCCUACUAUUCCUCCACAAAAUCGUCGAGGUGUUCACAGAGUAUUUCAAGGAGUUGGAGGAAGAAUCGAUACGAGACAAUUUUGUUAUCAUCUACGAACUUCUUGACGAAAUGAUGGACUUUGGUCACCCGCAGACUACAGAAUCCAAGAUCUUGCAAGAAUACAUUACGCAAGAAUCACAUAAGCUGGAAGUUCAGGCACGACCUCCAAUCGCAGUCACGAAUGCAGUAUCAUGGCGAUCCGAAGGCAUCAGAUACAGAAAGAACGAAGUGUUUCUGGACGUUGUCGAGUCUCUGAACCUUCUGGUCUCCUCGAAUGGAAAUGUUCUGCGGUCGGAAAUCUUGGGUGCUAUCAAAAUGAAGUGCUACCUCUCUGGCAUGCCGGAAUUAAGAUUAGGAUUGAACGACAAAGUGAUGUUCGAGACAACCGGACGAGCAACAAGAGGGAAAGCUAUUGAGAUGGAGGACGUCAAGUUUCACCAGUGUGUACGACUGUCACGAUUCGAAAACGACCGCACGAUUUCCUUCAUCCCACCUGACGGAGAAUUCGAGCUUAUGUCAUAUCGUCUAAAUACUGCAGUCAAGCCCUUGAUCUGGGUCGAAUGCAUCGUCGAAUCACAUUCAGGCAGCAGGAUAGAGUACAUGCUCAAGGCGAAGGCACAAUUCAAGCGACGAAGUACGGCGAAUAAUGUUGAGAUAAUCGUGCCGGUACCAGAAGACGCAGACUCUCCAAGGUUCAGAACGAACAUUGGAAGUGUCCAUUAUGCCCCUGAGAAGAGCGCUAUUGUGUGGAAGAUCAAGCAAUUUGGAGGUAACAAGGAAUUCCUAAUGAGGGCAGAAUUAGGACUGCCGAGCGUAAAGGGUGAUGAUGAACAUGGUGGAGGGAUGACUGGUGGAUUUGGUGGAAGUAUGGGAGGUGUUGGAGGCAAGGGUGCGAAGAGACCCAUCAGUGUGAAGUUUGAGAUCCCGUACUUCACCACUAGUGGUAUCCAAGUACGAUAUCUGAAGAUCAUUGAGCCAAAGCUUCAAUACCCAUCUCUACCUUGGGUCCGAUACAUCACACAAUCCGGCGAUAUCGCAGUCCGAUUACCUGAUGUUAGCUGA